CUGCUUGAAUUUUAUUUUGCUAAGUAUUUGAGCUAUCGAUCAAAAAGUCUUUGGGCGUGCGCGUGUAGGGGCAAUGCAACACAUUGACAGCAAACAGGACACAAAGGAUGCAAGACUACUGCUGUCGUGGGAGUCGCAGGCUCCGCUGCGAAAGAUUUCGCAGCAGCAGCGACGUCGCUGGCGGGUGCCAUGGUUCCUCUUGCAGAUGUCUUUUUUACAGAUUGCGCUGCAUUUGAUUGUCAACGCGUGCAUGCAACGGCGCCUCAUCUUCAAGCCGGAGCUGGGGCACGAGUAUUGGCGCUUCGUCACCUACAUGCUGCUCCAUGCUGACGUGUGGCAUCUGGGGAUCAACAUCUGCCUGCAGUGCUUCAUUGGCGUCUGUUUGGAGCUGGAGCAAGGUCAUUGGCGCGUGGGCGUGGUCUACGUAACGGGCGGCCUUUGUGGCAGCUUGGCCAACGCCUGGCUGCUGCCGGAGCUCUCGCUGCUCGGCGCAUCGGCGGGCGUCUAUGCCAUGCUGUGCAGUCAUGUGCCCCACCUGGUUUUGAAUUUUUCAAAGUUGUCGCAUCGCAUUUGGCGCAUCGCCGUCCUCUUGAUCUUGCUCGUCAGCAACGUGGCGUACACAGUUUUUCACUUUUGCCUCAAUCACAAUCGGAAUCCGCGCAUCAGUCUGGAGGCCCACUUGGGCGGGGGCCUGGGUGGACUGUUAUCCGGUUUUCUCAUCUACAGGCGAUUCCCGUCGGAGACUCGAAAUUUGUAAUUAACGUUGAUCGGUUCUAUAAUUAGAGCUGCCUUAAAUUAGUCUUAAAAUUUACAAUUCAACUCAAGUCCGCCGGAAAAAGCAAAUUUUUGGCAGCUUUUGCUGCUCAGUUUGGUUUUUAUGGUCAAGCGAUUGACGCGGUGGCACCUCUUUAAGGGCAUGCAUAAAUUUGUAUGCCUUAAUUUUACACCCUCGAAUUGUUUUAAUAGACACGAUUUGAUGAGCCAGCUCAUGAGCUGCACAAUGCUUAAGGUAAGGCUAAUUAAAUAUUUAUGUUAGCCUAUCUAAAGUGGA